UUCUUUACAGGUAAAAUUUCAGAGGUGCUGGGUGUCGGCACGGUCGGCCCACUGACGAAGCUGGUUCUCGUGAAUGCCAUCUAUUUCAAAGGGAAGUGGAAUGAGCAGUUUGACAGGAAGCGCACGAGAGGAAUGCCCUUUAAAACCAGCCAGGAAAAAAAGACAGUGCAGAUGAUGUUUAAGCAAGCUAAAUUUAACAUGGGCUAUAUAGACGAGGUGCACAGCCAGGUCCUGGAGCUGCCCUAUGUGGGGGAGGAGCUGAGCAUGGCCAUUCUGCUGCCUGAUGUCAACACCGAUCUCACCGUGGUGGAAAAAGCACUUACAUACGAGAAGUUCAGAGCCUGGACGGCUCCAGAAAAGAUGACUGUGGAAAAAGUUCAAGUUUUCCUUCCCCGAUUAAAGCUGGAGGAGAGUUAUGACCUGAAGUCUUUUCUUCGAAGUUUAGGAAUGACUGAUGCAUUUGACGAAUCCAAGGCAGACUUUUCUGGAAUGUCAGCUGAGAAGAACGUGCCUGUGUCCAAGGUCGCACACAAGUGCUUUGUAGAGGUCAAUGAGGAAGGCACAGAGGCGGCCGCGGCCACCGCCGUGGUCAGGAAUUCCCGGUGCAGCAGGAUAGAGCCAAGAUUUUGUGCAGACCACCCAUUCCUCUUCUUCAUCAGGCACCACAAAACCAACAGCAUUUUGUUCUGCGGCAGGUUCUCUUCCCCGUAAAGAGGUGCUGUCUGUACAGGUACUCCUUUCUCUUCUGCCCUCGCCUUAAUUCAAAUUCUAUGUGACCAAAUUGGUGUGGUUUGAGUGGCACAAUCAAGUGUGUGCACCUGGGACGUCUGCACUAGUCCUGCCUGAAUAUUCCACAGCCACUGAGAGUAACUCAGGCUUCGGAUGUGUAGAGUUUGGGGCUGUGCUUGUUCUGGAAUGUCUGGAGGCGCCUCCCUCUCGUGGACUCUGCCCUCACCUACCUAUCAGAGGAUGGCCAGCUCUCCUCAAAGCCUGUGCCCAUUGUUGGUGGGCGUCUUUAGGAGCAUGUCAAAGAUUCAUGAAUCAGCUUUCCAUCCUGCCAUGAUCUCAAAGCUGUGCCCAGCACCCCUGCCAGGCUCACCAGGAGAUGCCAGUGCCCAGGCCCCAUUGCACACAAAGCCAGGGUGGACACUCCAGGGUGAACACUGCAGCCACUAGUGCCUCUCCCCUGUCAGUACCACACAGACAGCCCUCCACGUUCCAUGUGUCACAGAGGCCCUUAUGAAAACAACUCCUUCAGAUCUUGUCGUUAACCUCAGGGAUGAGUUCAGGGGCUCAGUGCCGGGCAGGCUUCAGGGCUGAGCGCUGCAGAGCCAAAUCUCUGACACAUGCCAGGUAGUCCUGCCCAUUCUCUUUGCUCCUGAAACAUACACACGCCCCAAAGGAACCCACACCAAGCACCUCUCGAGAGCAAUAACCUCUCCAGUUCAUCAUAUAUGCUCAAACAUGGCUCAAGUGCCCUCCUGCUUAAAAGCGGAUCCUCCUACAUUAACUUUUUCUGAUUGGAAAAAAAUUUGUGUGAUGGCAACACUUUGGAAACUAUAGGAAAAUAUACAAAGAAAAUUUAAGUCACCCACAGUUCCACUACCCAGCAAUCAUUACUGUUAACGAUGAUGUAUAGCUUCCUUAUUCUAUAUAUGCAAAUAGAAGUUAGAAACAUUUUAACCCAAGUUAAUCAUAUACUUCUGUAGCUGAUUUCUGCCUUUACUAUAAACCUUCUUCAAGAUAAGUAUCUUCCUAUGUUAUCAAUUUGAUGUGUCAAAUUGUAUGACUGUAUUUUCUAUAAUCAAAUCUGAUUUGGGUAAUUAAAAUGACAUAUAUUAUUCUGUUAUGAAUAUCCUACAUAUUUCUAAACAUUCUUAAUAUUUUUAAAGAAAUAUUCCUAAAAAUGAUGUAGUCAAGGUGAAAGUUGGGCACAUUUGGAGAUGUCUCCCAAAUUAGUCUCCAAGGCAUUUUAUACUCCCACUCACAUCACUCUUUCUAGUCCAUUAACUGCUGCUGAACUUUUUUAUUAUGAGUUAGACUGAAAAGUGAUUAUUCCUGACUCAAUGUUCGAUUCACAAUUCACAGCUACAUGAACCAUUGAUAUUAUAGCUCUUACAAUUCACCAAACUAGAACAGGUUCCCUGUUGGGCCACAUUUAUAUCAGGCUUUCCAAAACAGGUUUGGCCAAACAUUAAUCAUGCACUAGCAUGCACGCAUCUGUGAACCUUCAUCACACUCCCACCUUUAAUUACAAAACAAAUCUACACUGUUCGUUGGGUAUAAUUUACACAGAAAACCUUCACAUAUUUAACAAUUUGAUAAGUUUGAUACAUGUAUGCCCCCGGGGAAGCCAUCCCCAUAAUCAAGAUGAUGGACGUAUCUGUCACACCCCAAAAUGUCCGCUGUAGCUUUGUAACCCUUCCUUCUUGUCCCUCCCUUUCCCACCUCAACCACUUAGCCUUAAUUCUCCUGCACCCACGGCUCUGCUUUCUGUCACUAUAGCUUAAUUUGCAUUUUCUACAAGUCUAUGUAAACAGAAUAAAACAUCAUAUACUCUUUUUGGGAUGGCUGUAUCACUCAGUGUUUUUGAGGUUCGUCCAUGUGCAUAUUAAUAGUUUGUUCCUUUGUAUUGCUAAGUAAUAUUUCAUUACAUGGCUAUACCACCAUUUGUUUAUCCAUUCGCUUUUUGACAGACAUUUAAGUUGUCAAAUUUUUUUGUUGUCAAAAAUUUUACACUAAGAUUUUGUGUAUUGUGAAUAAAGUUUUAAUGUGCAUGUCUGUGAAUAGA